CAUUUAUUUCUUAUUUCAAAGUUUUGGCCGCUUGAUUUGAAAAAGCACACCAAGUUCAAAAGGCGCAAAGCGUAACCGCCCAAAACACCCCCCUCUCUUCCCCCAUUUCCACGCACACAAAAGAGCACAAGACGGAGAGAUUUAUUCGAGUGCCACGCAUAGUUCCAGUCUUCCAACCACUUCAAUUACUUCCGACAAGGUGAAUGAUUGGCGAAAUAGUGGUUUAAUUUCAAAACACUAAAAAGAGAUAAAAGAGCAUUGCGUGACUGCCAGCGUGGAAAUGUUAUUGCAGAGCUCUGUCCCAAGUUCAAUUGAAGCAGCUUUAUCUUUUAACACUAAUCAUGGACAACGAGACUUAACAUUUGAGUGGGUGAAUGCUGAAACUAGGCAAUCUUGUAUAAAUAAUAAUAAUUUCCCUCAGGGUGGUUCGGAGCUAUUGACUGUGAACACAGUGCCUAGGUCAAAUUUCAUUUGCAAGCAAGGGAAGCUCCUGAAAAGUUCUGUGGUAAUUUUUCCUCUCAAGGCGGAAGUUGAUAAAAUAUCUGUAUUUGAAGAUAAGAAUGGUCCUUCAGGCACUCAAGCUGAGGAUGCAAUUGGUGAUGGAACUGGAACUCCUACUGUCUCAGCAGAGAAUCUGGCUGGAGAGUUUCAUGCUGCCAAUGCUUCAGUUCUCCAUUUUGAAAAUUUUUGCACGCAUCCUUCUUCAGAAAUUAAAUUCUCUAACAAACCAGAUGUGAAUCUUGACUCCAAGUCUGUUAGCUUUGAUUGCCGUAAGAAUCAGGGUUCGACGGUUACAAAUGAAGAGUCCUUUCUCGAUGAUCUAUGCAUCUCUACGCUAAGGAGUCAUGGAUUGCUGGAAAGUGUUUGCCCAAAAAGAAGUUGUGCUUCCCUAGAAAUUCUUGGAAUUGAUAAUGAUAGUGGCUAUACUCAGCCUUGCAAGCAGUGUGGUCGUUCAGAUAAUGUAUUGAAUAUGUUAAUUUGUGAUCGUUGUGAAGAAGCAUUCCAUAUAUGUUGCUGCAAAUCUGAGAUGAAGAUGUUGCCAAUUGAUGAGUGGUUUUGCUAUUCUUGUUCAAAAGCGAACUGCAACGAGGGUGCAUCCAGAUUUCGACUGGGUCCGAUAGCGAUCAUGUUGAAAUACCCAGAGCCUUACAGAUCUAAAGUUCGAAUUGGUGAAGCCUUUCAGGCAAAAGUUCCUAACUGGUCGGAUCAAUCCAAUGAUUUCAAUUGCAUUGGUGAACCUUCUGAAAUGGAUCCAUCUGAAACUUUUGACACUGAUACUUGUACUGCUAUCUUCUAUAAUUGGGGGAACCCAGUGUUGAUUGCUAGGUUCAUGCGUGGUAUGACUUAUGAGGACAUUACUUGGAGGGGGGAAAUGAGCAGGGAGUUCAAUUCAAUGCUAGAACUUAAGAUUGUGUAUGAAAUCCAGGAUUGGGACUAGAGUGUGUUGCUUCCCAGAAAGCACAAAUGCUUUAAUUGAAUGUUAAAUACAUAUCUGGUAUGGAUAUGACAUAAGGGGGUGUGCAUCAUAUUCACAUCUGUAAAGCAUAAAAGUUGAGUUGCAUUUAUGUUGGAAAGGGAGGGGACGUUCAGUCAUCAUAAGAGCAGUAUAGCUUAUAAUGCUACUCUGUUGCUCAUGUGCGCAAUCAGAAGCGAAAGGAGGAAUAGCCUGCCGCCCUUGAUAUUAUACUCACCUCACUGUAGUCUAUUCUUGCGGUUAUUGAACAGUCAGUCAGUCGGUCAGAUGUAUCUGUCAUUUCUUCUUCUUCUUUUCUUAGUAUUUUUUUAAUUUUUUAGAUUGUAACUCUUAGGAAAAACUUUGUAUACUAUACACCCUGUUCUUGAGUAUUCUAACUUUAUUUUAAAAUUAAUUAUCUUUUUGGAUAAAAAAAAAAAACUAGAGAACAAGCAAAAAUUGUAA